CCGCGGGCCGGAAGUGACGCUGGCGUCUGGGAGUGGGCGGGGUUCUAGGGCGGUAAUGGCGGCGGCUGGCGUUCGCAGUUGUUGAAGCCUUCGGCGUCUGAGGAGAACAACAAUGUCAUCCUUCCAAGAAAUUCCAUCUUCAAGUAGUGCCCUUCAGACUUCAAAUUUUGCACAUGUUAUCUUUCAAAAUGUCGCAAAAAGCUAUCUUCCUAAUGUGCAUCUUGAAUGCCAUUAUACUUUGACUCCCUAUAUACGUCCUCAUCAAAAAGAUUGGGUUGGUAUUUUCAAGGUUGGCUGGAGUACAGCAAGGGAUUAUUACACAUUUCUUUGGUCACCUAUGCCUGAAAAUUAUGUGGAAGCAUCAACAGUUAACUGUGUGCUGUCAUUUCAAGGAUAUUAUCUUCCAAAUGAUGAUGGUGAAUUUUACCAGUUCUGUUAUGUGACACACAAAGGUGAGAUCCGUGGAGCAAGCACACCUUUUCAGUUUCGAACAUCUUCUCCUGUUGAAGAAUUGUUAACAAUGGAAGAUGAAGGAAAUUCUGAUAUGUUGGUGGUGACAACAAAGGCUGGACUUCUUGAGUUCAAAAUAGAAAAAACUCUGAAAGAAAAAGAAGAUCUAUUAAAGGUAACUGCUUCACUUGAAAAGGAAACUGCCCAUCUCAGAGAACAAGUUGAAAGACUGGAAUCAGAACUAAACUACGAAAAGGAAAGAUACGAUCAGCUGGAAGCACAGCAGAAGGAUAACUUUAAAACUGUUGACACUCUUCAAACGGAAAAGGACAGUCUCAAGAAAAAAUACGACGAGGCAACUUCCAAGGUUCUGCAGCUUGAAGAAGAUAUCAUGACUGUUACCCAAAAAGCUAUUGCGAAAGAAACAGAGUUAGACAGCUUCAAAGACAAACUCAAGAAAGUUAUCCUUGAAAAGGAACAACUUGAAUGCCAGUUAAAGACCGAAAAGGAUGAAAAGGAACUCUACAAGAUACACCUGAAGAACACAGAGAUUGAAAACACUAAACUAGCUUCAGAGGUUCAGACAUUAAAGAAUCUGGAUGGAAAUAAAGAGAAUCUGAUAUCUUAUUACAAAGAGGAGAUUGGCAGAUUGCAACUGUGUGUAGCUGAGAAAGAAAACCUAAAGAGAGCAUUUUUGCUUACUUCAUCAAAUAAGGAAGAGGCAAGCAUGUUAAAGGAACAGCUUCGAAAAGCUGAGGAUCAGAUUCAAGCUAGUAGGCAGGAAGCUCUGCUGAUGUCAAAAGAACUUAGUGAUGCAGUAAAUGUGCGUGAUAAAACUAUGGCCGAUCUUCAUAGCGCUCGACUAGAAAAUGAGAAGGUGAAGAAGCAACUUGCUGAUGCUUUGUCUGAACUCAAAAAAAUCACUCUAGUGAAUAAUGAACAGGAAGUAUCAAAUGCUGUAGAAAAAGAGCUGCGCAGAGAAGUUGAAGAUUUGAAGCUGCGCCUACAAAUGGCUGCUGAUCAUUACAAAGAAAAAUUCAAGGAGUGCCAGAAGCUGCAAAAACAAAUCCAUAAGCUUAUGGACCAGACUGCCAAUGCAGGGAAUCAGCAGAAUCUAACAGAUGGCUCAAAGUGUGAAGCUCGUAUGUGUGAGGUUGGAGAUAAAAAGUUGCCUACAUCUCCAGAAAAGGAACAACUUCACGAAAAGAAUAAGGAAACGGAGAAAUAUAAGAAGUACAAGCGGGUGCUGUCAGAUGAGAAAUUAAAAUGCAGUGCCUAUGCUGAUGAAUUGGCCAAGUUGGAGUUGAAAUGGAAGGAGCAAUUGAAAAUUAAUGAAAGUGUGAAGCAACAACUAGCUGCAAUGGAAGAUCAAUAUUUAGUUCAGUUGGCUGACAAGGACAGACAGAUAAGUGAGCUCACAUCACAUUUGGGAAUCCUCACCAAUGAGAAGAAUUCUAGAAGGAGACCUGGAAAUCAAACAGAGAGAAUCACUGAAGGGCAGGUUUCUCAGCAGGCGUUGUAUUUUCUCAAUCCAGUCCUCAAUCCUGAAGAAGAGGGCCCAGUUCCUGCUAUUCCAGCUAGAUUACCAGUACUGCAAUAUGGAAACCCCUAUUCGACCCAGGAAACUAGAGAUGGAGCAGAUGGUGCUUUUUACCCUGAUGAGAUCCAAAGGCUUCCUUCAAGAGCAGCCUCUUGGGAAAUGGAAGACAAUGUAGUGUGCAGCCAGCCUGCUCGCAACCUCAGUCGGCCUGAUGGUUUAGAAGAUCCUGAGGAUAAUAAUGAUGAUGGGGCAAGUGCACCAUCUGACCCUGAGCCACCAAACCCCCGCUUGCAUGAACGCGGAACAGGCUUUUGCUUUGAUUCCAGUUUUGUGCACAUCAAGAAGUGUCCUCUCUGCCAAGUGAAGUUUCCUCCGAACUAUGAUCAGUCGAAGUUUGAAGAACAUGUUGAAAGUCACUGGAAGGUGUGCCCGAUGUGCUGCGAACAGUUUCCCCCUGAUUAUGACCAGCAGAAUUUUGAAAGGCAUGUUCAGACACAUUUUGACCAGAAUGUCUUGAAUUUUGAGUAGCUUGGGCAGUUUGGCUUUAGACAAAUCAAAUAAGCUCUGUAAGGUGACAGAAUGCAGCUUUUAGAACUCGAGGCAGACUUCUUAUUUAUAGGCACAGUGCUCUGCAUUGCAACUGAACUAAAUCCAACCUUUGGCCCAUUAGCAACUGUUUGGUUAGCCUCCCUUGAUCUUGCGUAUUCCCAAAGCUGUUAUAAUAUCUAUCAGUAUUUAUUCCCAAGCUAACAAAUUGCAUCGAACACAGGAAAUACACCGACCUGUUGAGAAAUUUGAGCAGUUCAAACUGUGGCCGUGGUACGUUCACAGAAUGACACGAGUUUGCUCUUGCUUGUGCUGAUGUAUAAUUAGAUAAAGACAUCCAUACAAUUAGAUAAAGAAAUCCAUUAUAAUAAAAUGAGGUUUCUCAGUAAACUUGUGUGUACCUUUCAUGUCAUUCUUGAUUCUGAAAUUUAUUCAACGAAAGUAUGGUUUUUACAUCUGUUUCAGGAACGUAACCAUGUUAAGAUUUCCUGCUUGCAAAACAUCGUUAUGAUUACAUUUAGUUUUGCAUAAUUACUAUCUCUUCUUGCAAGUGUCACGUUCACUCUGAAUCUGUUAAAAAGUUCUGAACUUAGAGGUAUUAGAAGAUAAUUGUAUAAAAUUGGUGCAUUUGGCUUUCUUUGUACUCAGAUUUUUAAUUUGUGUGCAUCACCUCUUUCCUUUUCUGGGUGGAUUUGCCAAUUGCGUUCAUAGGACUAAAGGAGGUUUUGUUUUUUUUUUUUAAUUUUCUGCAUUCUACUUUGCACAUUUCCCCUUUACAUUUGUGAUGUGUAUAUCUAAAACUAUAUUUUUGAAGAGUUACUUAAUCUUUAGUAGGCAAUUUGAUCUUUUUGGAUAAAAUUAUUCACUUUUCAUCUGUUGUACAAUAGUCAGAUUAAAAAUAAAAAUAAAA